GUUGUGUGCAGGUGUGCAGAAUGGAUGACCAAGGCUGCCCGAGAUGUAAAACCACCAAGUACAGGAACCCGUCUCUGAAACUGAUGGUGAAUGUGUGCGGACAUACACUAUGUGAAAGUUGUGUAGAGUUGUUGUUUGUAAGAGGGUCGGGUUCAUGCCAGGAAUGCGAUACUCCACUUAGAAAAAGCAACUUUAAAGUCCAGCUCUUCGAAGAUCCAACCAUAGACAAAGAAGUGGAAAUACGGAAGAAAAUUCUGAAAAUAUACAAUAAACGUGAAGAAGACUUUCCAUCUCUAAGAGAAUACAAUGAUUUUUUAGAAGAAAUUGAAGAAAUAGUGUUAAAUUUGACCAACAAUGUAGAUCUUGACAAUACCAGAAGAAAAAUAGAUAUGUAUCAAAAGGAAAACAAAGACACAAUCCAAAGAAACAAGAUAAAAAUGACAAGGGAGCAAGAAGAACUGGAGGAAGCUUUGGAAAUGGAGAAACAUGAAAAUGAGCAGAGGAGGCUUCAUCUUCAGAAAGAAGAGCAAUUCCAGCAAAUGAUGAAAAGAAAGAAUAAGCAAGAACUCCUGGACCAGCUGGAAACCUCUCACCUUCCUGCCUCUAUCCUCCUGGCACAACACAAGGGCAAGUCAGUGCAAGCUGAAAUGCAGGUGGAAAAGCCAAGAUCCUUUAAGACCGAUACAUUUUCCACUGGCAUCAAGAAAGGUCACCACAUUGCUUCUGUGCCAGUUACGAAGAUUGAAGAGGCUUUAUAUCAGUACCAGCCUAUUCACAUUGAAACUUACGGCCCACAAGUUCCACACAUAGAAAUGCUGGGAAGGCAAGGGUAUCUGAACCAUGUACGAGCUGCCGCCCCGCAGGAUUUAGCCGGAGGCUACGUUUCCUCUCUUGCCUGCCACAGGGCACUACAGGACGCCUUUAGCGGACUAUUCUGGCAGACACAUUAGCCCAUGUAUCCCAGGCUGGAAGAAAUGGAGACGUUGGCGUGGAAUCAGGAUUUAACAUGAGCAGAUCUGGUAAAACGACUGCCAUCUGCACCAGCUGCUGUGCACUUUUAUAAUGGGAGCUGUGUUUAAGCACCAGAAAUGCUGGAGUGAGAAUGCAUUUUGGAAAGCUAAAAAAAUACAUUUUUGCUCCUAAAGCACAACUGAAACAACAAGCCAUGUCUGAUGCCAUUUAACUCACUGGCAAUUACUGUAGUUGUAACAUUUUGUUUAUUUUUAAAUAAAAGCAACUUUUAU